AUGGCAGGUGUGGUGUACCCUAGACAGGCCCCUGUGGAUGCAGAUAUGUACCAAAGCUCCUACAUGAUCGACUAUAAGCCCUAUGGGGAGCACAAAUACUCCAGGGUCACACCGCAAGAGCAGGUGAAGCUGGAUACUCAACUCCGGGCCAAAGAGUUUUACAGGGCCAUCCCCAACCCCAACCCCAAGCUGGUGGAUGGAUACCCUGCCUUCAAAAGACCCCACAUGACCGCCAAAGACCUAGGGCAACCUGGCUUCUUCCCACCAGCGGAUGGUGUGGCCACAGCGGAGGACCAAGACAAGUUCACCAGUACCCGCCAUUCCACGUACCCGGCUUCCCAAGCUCUGUACCUGGCCCAGGGUGAUCCCAAACAGGUUCACCAGAGUGCUGACUUCCCGUGCCUCCUGGAGCCCGAGCGCCAACCUGCUGCAGAGGAGGACAAAGGCUACCUCCUACUGCCUGGCUGCGCCUGUCCCCAUCACCAGAUGCCCAAGCUGCCUGUCUUGUACCGGUGGGGACCCUUGAUGCCAUUUUACCAGUAG